CAUUCUUAUCAUGGACGCCGUUCGUGUUGGUUGUUUCAGUGAUAAUUUUCUGCGAUUUUUCCCCAAGUGACUGUGUUUUCCAGCCCAGUGAAAUGUGCUUAAAAAAGUGAAAGACAAUGAAGAGGACAAGAGUGAAGUGUUUUGUGAGGUGUAACACCGUGAUUUUGGUCACAAUCAUCAGUUUAAUCAGCCUGUUUACAAAAUGCUAUGGCAGCCAAGCUCUGGAAUUCACACUGGAGCCCGUGGAUGUCGCCGUCCAAGAGGGAAAUUCGGUUUUAUUGCAAUGUAGCGGUCGGAUGGAUCCAUCGGCACUCAAGGAUGGAAAAACAGCUCCAAAUAUUCGAUGGAGAGGACCGGAUGGACAGGAAAUUGGAAUUGUUGGGGACACAUUUAGGACACAAUUGCAAAAUGGUUCACUGUACAUUAGUUCGAUUGAGGAGAAUCGGGGACUUACGGGAACGUAUCAGUGCCUGCUGACGGCAGAUGGAAUUGGGACAAUUGUUAGUCGUCCGGCAACAGUGUCCAUUGCCAGUUUGCCUGAAUUGAAUCAAGAAUUCAAUGAGAUCUACCUGUUUCCUGGUCAAACGGCCUAUUUCCGCUGUCUAACGGCCAAAUUGCCGGCAAAUGUUGCGUACAGUGUUGAGUGGAUUAAGGAUGAUGUCCCAUUGGUGAUUGAUGAAUCACGAAUGCUGAUUCUGCAAUCGGGAGCACUGGAGAUUGAUGAGUUAUCUGCCUCCGAUAGGGGCACAUAUCAGUGCAAUGUCACUGCAGGUGGUGCAUCGAGGUUGAGCAGCAAGUCAAAUCUCAAUAUUAAGUCAACUGCAGGAGUUCCGGAAAGUUUUGCUUCGCCCUCUUUUGUUGUUGUCCCAGCUCCUCAGACUGUCAAAGAGGGGGAAACGGUGACGCUUGAGUGUGUGGCUAAUGGGAAUCCCAAGCCCACAAUCAGGUGGCUGAAGAAUGGAGGUGACAUUGACAUGAAUGAUUUGGAUUCUCGCUUCCGGAUCAUCGGAACGGGAUCCCUGCAAAUCCUUUCGGCUGAAGAUGACGAUUCCGGCGACUACCAAUGCCGGGCUAUCAACAGUGUUGAUUCACUGGAUGCCAGUGCUUCAGUCUUGGUUCAAGUUCCUCCAAAGUUCAUUCAGAGUCCCGAAGAUAAGGCGGCUUUCAAGAAGGAGGAACUUGAACUCGAAUGUGCCAUUCAUGGAAAGCCUGCUCCUGUUGUUCAGUGGCUCAAGAAUGGGGAUCUCAUAACGCCCAAUGACUACAUGCAGAUUGUCGGGGGCAGUAAUUUGAGGAUCCUAGGACUCAUUGGGUCAGACGCAGGGAUGUUUCAGUGCAUCGGAUCAAAUCCAGCUGGAAGCAUCCAAGCUUCAGCUAGGCUGGAAAUCGUGCAGCCAGGAGAUGGACUGAAGCGCAUGAAGCAGGAAAAGGGAAAGGGUAAAUUGCCCUUUCCACUGACGCCCAAAUCAGCGACUGGUCAGGGAAUCUUAAAUACUCGACUCCUGUCCAAGAGUGCCUUCGAUAGUUUAAUGAACAAAGACAAAAGGAGGAAUACGAAUGAUGAUGAUGAGAGUUUGGGCGAUUACAAUGACGAUGAUGCGGGAAAUGAUGAGGAAUACGACGAUGAGGAGGAAGAGGAGGAUGAUGAUGAGGACGAUGAGGGAACUAUUCAUCCCUAUGGUCCCAAUGUUGAUCCCAAGAAACUCUUUAAUUCCCUCAUGAGAGCUAAAGAUGAUCCCGAGAGUGAGGAUGUUGAGCACUUUUCUAAUGUUUAUUUUCCUCCUGUCACACGCAAACGGACGCAUUUAGACGCCAAUGUGGAAGCUUCGACGCCACUUCCGGGGCCUCCGAGGGAUCUCGAGGCACAAAUUGUCAAGCCUAGAUUCAUUUCUCUGAGCUGGAUGGAACCACUGAAGAAUCCAGAUGAAGUUAUCUCCUACACGGUCUUCUACAAAAUGACAACGAGCGAUAGAGAACGAAAAAUCACAACGAAAUCGCGUGAUGAGCAGCAAGUGAAUAUCCAAUCACUUUUACCGGGGAAGACUUAUCAGUUUCGUGUCGUGGGAAAUAGCAUACAUGGAUCUGGUGAGAGUUCAGCUAUACUGGAGGAGAGUACGCAGCCCGAGGAGAAUAUUUCUGGGCCUCCGAGAAGUGUGGCAGGAAUACCAAUUAGUCAUCGGGAGGUGCAUGUAAAGUGGGAACCACCGAUUGUGACAAAUGGAAUUAUCUCAAAGUACAGAAUUUACUAUUUUGAGAUUGAGGAUGGGGCUGAGAUGUACAUGGAUAGCACGUCACUCGAGGCAACUCUGACUGAAUUGCGUCCAUUUACAGAAUAUACAAUAUCUGUUGUGCCAUUCAAUCAAAAUGGCAUGGGAGAUCCGUCCAAUGAGAUAAAGGUGAAGACGUACUCCUCAACACCUUCUGAUCCACCACAAAAUGUAUCACUCGAAGCUACAAGUUCAACGUCCGUGACGAUUAGUUGGGAACCUCCGCCGGAAGAUAAGAGAAAUGGACAAAUCACAGGCUACAAGAUACGCUAUCGGAAGAUGAAGAAGCUUCAGGUGGAGACAACACCGGGAAAUGUUAGGCACUACGAACUCAAGAACCUAGAGAGGCAUUCAUCGUAUCAGGUGAAGAUUGCAGCAAUGACGGUCAAUGGAUCAGGACCUUUUACUGAAUGGAUGCACGUUCAGACAUUCGAGAAUGAUUUGGAUGAGACACAAACGCCAAAACAGCCCGAUUUUAUAAGAACUCGUCCCAGUGCUGAAAGUAUUAUUAUUACAUGGGGACCACCGAGGGAUACGAAUAUAAAGCUGCGUGGGUUUAUUUUGGGCUGGGGAAAGGGACUUCCGGAUGUUGAGAUGCAGGAAUUGGAUGCCAUUGCGCGGUAUUAUGAGAUAAAGGGCUUGGAGCCAAAUAGUGAGUAUGUGAUAUCGCUGAAGGCGAGAAAUCUCGUGGGAGAUGGUCCGCCGAUUUAUGAUUAUGUGAGAACCCGGGAGGAGGCUCUGGUGGAACCUCCUGCUCCACUUGAAGUUCCUGUUGGUCUCAGGGCCAUCACAAUGAGUGCUAAUUCCAUUGUGGUCUACUGGACUGACACAACGCUGAGCAAGAGCCAGCAAGUCACGGACAAUCGCCACUAUCUUGUCAGAUACAAUCCUGUAGCCACUUCCCGGUUCAAGUAUCACAACACAACUGCCCUCAAUUGCAUGAUUGGCGAUCUCAAGCCAAACACGCAAUAUGAGUUUGCAGUGAAAGUUGUAAAGGGCAGAAGACAGUCUUCUUGGUCUAUGUCAGUGUUCAAUACGACAGCUCAGCAAAAUCCCAUUCCUCCACCGAGAGAUCUCACUGUCCGGAUUGAUGAAAGCAAUCCCCAGAAUGUAGUCAUUCACUGGCAGAUCUCCAGUCAGUUUAUCGAUCAAAUUACCGGAUUCUUGGUCUACUAUACCACCGAUACAACAAAACGUGACCGAGAUUGGGCUAUUGAGGCCAUCGUUGGCAAUUCCCAAACAAAAGCAGUCAUUAGGAAUCUUCUGCCCUACACCACGUACUACUUUAAGGUUCAAACAAGGAAUGUCAAAGGCUAUGGACCCUUCUCAACCAUGGUUUCUCAUACAACGGGAAAAGAAGUCCUAACCAGAGAACAACCAUACACUCUGGGCGGCUUCUCAAACACAUCAGUACUGUACCUGAUAAUUGGCGUUGCAUUGUUGCUGGUUCUGAUAGUUGUGAUUGCGGUGGCGAUUAUUUGUCGCAGAAAGGCGCCAUCUACUCCAGAUCAUGCCAAAAAGAGUUACCACAAAAAUAAUGCCGGUAUCAUAAAACCGCCGGAUCUGUGGAUCCAUCAUGAUCAGAUGGAGCUGAAGAAUAUCGAGAAGAACAACCAACAGCCACCUCAGACGCAAAUAAGCGAUGGGGCUUCAAGUAGUGGAGCCAUGACGCUACCUAGGUCAGUAAUUCAUGACUAUGACAGCGAAACGCCGAUUUCCCAUGUGACCAAUUCACUGGACAAAAGGAGCUACGUUCCUGGAUACAUUACUACACCAAUGAGCAACACAAUGGAGAGACCACAGUUCCCAAGGACGCAGUACAACAUGUCAAAUCAGGGUCAUAUGUCGGUCGGACAGACUCCGGUAGCUCAAACAACGGAGAAUCCCUAUACUUAUGAAACAAUGCCCUCAAAUUACAGCAAUCCUUCCAUAACUUACGCCCCGGGAAUUGCUGUUGACGCUGCACCAAAACGAGGAAAAGGUCAUCCUUUGAAGAGUUUCAGUGGUCCACCAAAUGCAGGAGGACCCAUUAUUCCUGUUCCUGCCGUCACGAUUCGACCUCAAAAUUCGUCCCCCUUCAAGAAGCCUAGCCUUGCCACGAAUCCGAUGGCAAACCGUCUACAAAAUGGUUCAGGAGUUGUGGCUCAUUCAGCCGACGAAGUACAACGACUGGCCCCGAGUACGUCCACCGAGGAGUUAAACCAGGAGAUGGCGAAUCUCGAGGGACUCAUGAAGGAUCUGAGUGCAAUCACGGCCAAUGAAUUUGAAUGUUAGGGAGGGCUUUUUGUGAAAAAAAAAAAGUCCAAGGGGAAGAAUUUGAAGGGAUCAACACUGCCGAUUUGAAAAUCUCAAGAGAAAAUCACACAAAAAUAUUGGAUUUUAAAGACUGGAUGAUUUAGCGAGGGAAUGAGUAUGAUUCGUGUGUUUCAAGUGUGAAUUCUAUUUUGGGUUUUUUUCUUUUGAGUUUCAUUUGCUUGAGAUGACGAGGAGAGAAGUCUAUUUUCUCCUUGAAUUUUUGUAUUUUGUGAUAGUAGCAAAUUCAAUUGUGGAAUUUGCUUAAUUUUUUAGUAAACCUUAUUUGUAAUAAUUGAUAGGUACAAAAUUUUUUCUGCCACUAAACUAUUUUAUUAUAAUAUUUUCAUUAGGGUUUUAGUAGAAAAAUUGCAUCACAUUUGAGAAGCUUUAUUUUUCCACACUCACAGUGAAAACAAUGACAAUUUCAAGAGUGUGAGAUUUUGGAUUUUUCGCCGCUCUGGGAGAAAUGAAUUACAGAGUGAAUUCUACCUAUUUGAGCUACUACUUAGAAUCCGUGAAGACCAUCCUAAAGUGCUAGAAUUAAAGAAAAGCUUACGAACAGCAGGGGGAAAAGUAACCAGCAUCAACGGUAUUUAGAGUGGAAUUCGAAAAGAGGGUAAACUAGCAGGGUUUGUUACGAUGGACGUUGUCAAGGUACCGGGUUACCUAAAGUGAAGGAUCUAGGUCAAAAUCCAUGUUUUGGAGCUCGUUGGGUCUUUCCAAGAAACCAAGGAAGGAGCCAACAAGUUCUGAAACGUUUUUCAGGGAAAGGAGCCAAUAAAUUUUGAAACGUUCCGUCAGUAAUAAAAAAGCGGAAGGACCUAGGUCAAAAUCCGUGUCUUACACAACGUUUGGAAGCUCAUUGGGUCUUUCCAAGAAGCCAAGGAAGGAGCCAACAAGUUCUGAAACGGUGUUCCAGGGAAAGGAGCCAAUAAAUUCCGAAACGUUGUGUCAGUAAUAAAGGAACGGAAGGAUCUGGGGCGAAGUACGUGUCUUACACAUCGUUUGGGAACUUAUUGGGUCUUUCCAAGAAAUCAAGGAAGGAACCAACAAGUUCUGAAACGGUGUUUCAGGGAAAGAAGCCAACAAACUCCGGAACGUUGUGUCAGUAAUAAAGGAACGGAAGGAUCUAGAUCAAAGUCCGUGUCUUAGACAAUGUUUCGGAGCUCGCUGGGCCUUUCCAAGAAACCAAGGAAGGAGCCAACGAACUCUGAAACGGUGUUCCAAAGAAAGGAGUAAACCGGCUCUGAAACGUUCCGUCAGUAAUAAAGGAAGAGAAGGAUCUAGAUCAAAGUCCGUAUCUUCCACAACAUUUGGGAACUCGUUGGGUCUUUCCAAGAAACCAAGGAAGGAGCCAACAAGUUCCGAAACGAUGUUUCAACGAAAGGAGCCAACAAAUUCCGAAACGUUGUGUCAGUAAUAAAGGAACUGAAGGAUCUAGAUCAAUGUCCGUGUCUUUCACAACGUUUUGGAACUUAUUGGGUCUUUCCAAGAAACCAAGGAAGGAGUCAACAAACUCUGAAACGGUUUUCCAAAGAAAGUAGCCAAUAAACUCCGAAACGUUGUGUCAGUAAUAAUGGAACGCAAGGACCUAGAUCAAAGUCCGUGUCUUGCACAACGUUUGGGAGCUCGUUGGUUCUUUCCAAGAAACCAAGGUAGGACCCAACAAGCUUUGAAACGGUGUUCCAAGGAAAUGAGCCAACAAACUCUGAAACAUUGUGUCAAAAAUGAAGGAACGUAAGGAUCUAGGUCAAAAUCCGUGUCUUACACAACGUUUGGGAGCUCGUUGGAUCUUUCCAAGAAAUCAAGGAAGGAGUCAACAAACUCUGAAACGGUGUUCCAAAGAAAGGCGCCAAUAAACUCCGAAACGUUGUGUCAGUAAUGAAGGAACGCAAGGACCUAGAUCAAAGUCCGUGUUUUACACAACGUUUGAAAGCUUGUUGGGUCUUUCCAAGAAAACAAGGAAGAAGCCAACAAACUCCGAAACCUUGUGUCAGUAAUAAAGAAGCGGAAGGAUCUAGGUCAAAAUCCGUGUCUUCCACAACGUUUCGGAGCUCUUUGGGCCUUUCCAAGAAACCAAGGAAGGAACCAACAAGUUCUGAAACGUUGUGUCAAUAAUAAAGGAACGCAAGGAUCUAGGUCAAAAUCCGUAUCUUCCACAACGUUUGGAAGCUCGUUGUGUCUUUGCAAGAAACCAAGCAAGGAGCCAACAAGUUCUGAAACGUGUUCCAAGAAAAGGAGCCAACAAACUCCGAAAUGCUGUGUCAGCAAUAAAGGAACGGAAGGAUCUAGGUCUAAGUCCGUGUCUUCCACAAUGUUUAGCAGCUCGUUGGGUCUUUCCAAGAAACCAAGGAAGGAGUCAACGUGCUCGGAAACGAUGUUCCAAGGAAAGAAGCCAACAAAUUGUAUUGUAUUGUAUUGUAUUUAUUCUUCAUCUUGAUUGUGACAUUUCCAACCUUCCCUGCGGCGAAACGUUGCGUCAGUAAUAAAGGAACGGAAGGAUCUAGGUCAAAGUCCGUAUCUUCCACAACGUUUGGGAGCUCGUUGGGUCUUUCCAAGAAAUCAAGGAAGGAGCCACCAAACUCCAAAACGUUGCAUCAGUAAUAAAGGAACGGAAAGAUCUAGGUCAAAAUCCGUGUUUUACACAACGUUUCGGAGCUCUUUGGGUCUUUCUAAGAAACCAAGGAAGGAGCCAACAAACUCCGAAAUAUUGUGUCAGUAAUAAAGAGCGGAAGAAUCUAUGUCUAGGCUCCUUCUAAGCCGCGGAUGCAGAAUUUGACCUAGAUUCUUCUCAUCCUGUCUUGGAAAAAGCCAACAAACUCCGAAACGUUGUGUUAGUAAUAAAGGAGGAGAGGGAUCUAGGUCAAAAGGAUCUAGGCUCCUUCGAAGGAAAGGAACCAACAAGCUCCAAAACGUUGUGUUUGUAAUAAAAGAAAGAGAAGUUUGUCUUUCUAGGCUUCUUCCAAAACGCGGACACGUAGAAGGAUCUACGUCAAAAUCCGUUUCUUUUUAUCUUCUUCUAUUUUAUGUAAGGCUGUCGAACUCACUCGGGUCCAUAUGGUCAAUCUUCUUAUCUAAAAUGAGAUUAGAUUAAAUGUCAAAUUAGUAUUCGGAAUUCCUUUCCGGGCGCUUCGAAAUUUUUUGGGACAAAUGGGACAGAUUGGUUCCGUUCAUUAAUAACUUUUCUAAGAGACAAAGCCACUCCAAAGCCAAGCCAAACCUAUUCUAAAAUCUACCGGAAGCCUAAAGUGCAAGUUCACGUAUUCGCCGCUUUAGCGCUGAUAGUUCUGCCCUUUCGAAUUUCGAUAUUCUUGACACUUCAAUCGUAAACAAUGUCAACAACAUUGUUCAAAAAUUUGCUACGAAAAGUGAUUUUUUGUGUAGUUUUGUGAAAUUUCAGGAUGGAAGAAUGUCUUAAAUGCUAUUUCAUUCAAAGAAAUGUCCUUUUGAUGAACUUGCUCACUUUUGUGUAACUCGCCGGUUUAAACGUUCGAACUUGCACCGGGUUUUUAGGUAAGUUCUCUCUGAUAUAUCUUCGAUUCAGUAAAGGAAAAACCUCAACCAGAGAGAGCUUUCAAAUUGGGAAGGUUAUUACUCUUAUUACUUAACGAGAGGAUUGAUUCCCAUCGAAAUUGAAAGAAGGGACGUAUUAAAUUUCCCGCUUCCAUUGAGAAACCUAAAGUAAACCUGAAUCCAAUGCUAUAAAGUAAAUGACCUCGGUUUUGUUUUUUGGGACAUCGGUGUCCCAAUCGUCUUUCAAGGGUUAAUCACAUUCAAUGACGUUUUUGACGUUCUACGAAGUCAAAUUACUUUUUUUUUUAACUAGAAAUAGACAUUAUUAUUUUUAAAUAAGAAUUCUUGAGUAAUUCAUUUCUCUUCAGAGUUUUCCUUUAAGAUAAUUUAACAUAUUUCUUUUUUUUUCAGUCUUAAAAGUGUGAAUAGAAAAUUCAGAAGGUUUGUAGAUUAAUUUAAAUGUAGUAAUUAUUUUUUUGUGAUUUAUUCUAAGUGAGAAUUUAAUUUAAUUACCGUUUAUUUUCAAUCAGUUCAAUUUCUGUCUGAAUUAUUUUUUACACAACUGACACACUGAACGCAUUUAACAAGAGAAAAAAAAAUUAAAUAAAAAUACUAUUGAAAUAAAAUGAAAGGAAUAAAACAUCACAGUGAAAAAAAAAUGUAUAGAAAGAAAUAUUGAAAAGAAAAAAAGCAUCCUAUAUUGAGGUUUCAAUCCUCUACCAAGCCACUUUAAAAUGGUAAUAUUUAUAAAAAAUUUAUUAAUAUUAAAUAUUCGAUAAAAUAGCACAAAAUGUAUUGACGGAAUGCUUCGUGGACAAUAGUCGAAGCAUUGCAUUAAUGAGCCAUUAACAGAUAGUGCCAUUUUUUUUGGUGUAUUUUACAUAAUAAUGCAUAUUUAUACAUCCUUUUUCCCCCUUCUAAUGUCUCCAUAAGUAAAUAUUUGGAUGAAAAAAAUGCGAUAUUGAUGAAUUUUUGCAUAAAAAAUGAACAUUUUGAGCCUGUGAAAUUUUUAGAGGUAAUGAAUCGAACCGGUUUAGCUUAGAUUCACUUUACCGAUUGGUGCCUGAACUUAGUUCAGGCAACAAAUUUUGAAUUUUACGAAGAAAACACAACGGAAAAAUUUAUAGAACAUUUUUUUAAAAACAGUAUUAUUUUUUCUUUAUGACAUUAAAUCAUCUGAAUGCAAUAUUGCCAGGAAUUUGUAUGCGAUUUUGGACGGUUUUUUUUUAGCAGUAUUUUGUGGAAAAAACAACUUAAUCCUUCUUCCUAGUAUGAAUUCUUUUUUAUAAAGUUCAUACUUUCUACAGAAGACUAAUUUAUUUCCUUGGAUUUCACUGAGGAAAUAUUGAGAAAAUUGCUGAUUUUCUUUAAAAAGAAAUAAAACAGUUCGUAAAUGAAUAAAUAUUGAAUAGAAGCAGCAAAGAAAAACGAAUGUAAUUUAAUCUAAAUGUGUAAAAUGUAAAUAACAAAAAAGAGAAACAAUCGUAAAAAGCAAAAACACAAAAAAUAAAAUAUUCCCUAUCGUAAAAAACCAUGCAAAAUUUUCAAAAAAAAUAUAAUAUAAAAAUAUUUUAUUACAGAAAUCCCACGUAAAUAACUUUAAACAUUUUUUCUUAAUGCCACGAAAAAUUUUUUAACAUCACAAAAGAGGAAUUUUUCACGUGAGACAAAUUUUUUCCACGCACACAUGACAUAUUUUCCAAUGAAAAGGAAGCUAAAAAUAACAGAUUUAUUUUUCUUUUUAUUAAAUAAAUCUUUUUAAUUGGAUAGAAAAUAAAUCAACUGAGGACAUUUCUACAGAAUAAAAAAGAGAACAAAAUGAAUUGAAAUUCAAUUGAUUUUACGUGUAAUUAUUUGAUACAAAAAUAAAAUGACAAAGAUGUUUUAUAAUUUUAAAAAGAAAAAAAGAAAUAUCUUCGAAAAAUAAAGUAAAAUGUUUCGUAAA